AUGUACUGGCCGCUCGGGACACCGCGCAUCUAUGCAACGAGCACCGCUCGCCAGCCGGGCUUGACCCCAACCAUCUCGUACGAUGGCCUCCCCCCUCCCAGCACAUCUGGGCGCCCUGAGCAACGGCCGGAUAGGAGGACCUCGUUCCUAUCUCCCAGUUCCGCUGCUCUCGACGACGGCGUGGGCUCCUCUCUCUCGGCAGCAGCAGCAGCAGCAGGACCGACAAUCUCUUCCGCGGCCCCUCCCCUCACACCGACUACACCGAUGACGCCCAUGACGCCCGGGAUAAAGCCUGUCGAGCAUGAUUAUACGGAUGAAGAUAGCUCAUCGUACUCGCCAAUCGUCGACGUUCCGGCUCUCCCUGUGCAGGACCCGGUCUUGGCUCUGCGUGCAGCCCGCGCUGGCCAUAUAUUUGCCGUCAUCACAGCGACGUCCAUGACCAUCUGGCAAACAAAGCCGACCGUUGUCCUCGCCGUUGUUGUCCGUUCCAAGUCAUCCCUCGAAGCCUACGGCACGAAUACCAACCUUCUCCUCCGCCCGGACUCGGCCAUCCUGGUCCUCCAUACGAGCCUAGGCUACUUAAUAACAUACUCGCUUGCUACGGAUCCCGAAGCUCGGAUAUAUCGACCACAUUUUGCGAAUCACACCAAUGUUCAACGGAGACGACAAAACCAUGUUGGCGACCCCGGUCAUACUGCCCCGGAUCAGAUACUUUGGGGCCCGGGCGAGGGGGCCGGGGUGCGGGACGUCAGUGUGCGAUUCCGCAUGGUGAUCAAGGUGGAUGCGGGUAUCGAAAGCGCUCUGGCCCUUGAUGAUGAAUUAGUGGUGGCGACGCGCAAGCCUGCUGCUGUGCAAUGCAUCCGCUGGGCCCCUGACAACUCAGGAAGCCAGACGAGCACCGAGUUGCUCAGCCGGAUGGGUUGGCUGGAGAAGAAGGUCACGGUACGGGAGAUGACCCACGACCGCCCCAUGAAUCUCUCCACCUGGGUCACUAGCGACGGGCGGGCAUAUGCGGUGCAGCGCCUGACGCCCGGUCAACAGCAAGCAGCCGGGUCAAACGACACAGCCGAUGCCAAGAAGCUCUUCAAAGGCUACUGCUUUCACACACCGCAAGAUGAGCAGGACCAUGCGGUUCAAUGUGUGGUCAACGCAAGGUUUUCGCUAAUCGCGGUCGGCUGUGUUGACGGCACCAUCCGCGUCUACUCAGCCAGGGACUACUCUGGAAAUAUCCCUGCGUCUCACGUUCACAACGUACCGGCAUCUUCCUCAACAGCCGGAAAAAUCACGACGCUGAUUUACUCCCCCGACGGUUACUGCCUCUUUGCCGGAUUUGAGAAGGGCUGGGCGACUUGGAGUGUCUACGGGAAGCCAUUGAGCAGUACUUUCCACGCCGACAACGCAGUUUCUAGGGCCAACGGGGAAGAGUGGCUCUCUAGCGUGCUGGAUGCCGCUUGGGUCGGGGGGUCUUGCGACCUUCUCCUUGCUAGCAGAGCACACGAGGCCGUCUGGCUGUUGGAAAUGGCGAGGAGUGCAGUCACUGGGUGCUACAAUCCGGCCAACCUCUUCCGUACUGUGCUCCAGAGCACCUCAAGUGUGAUGGUCUACCGGGGGUAUGACCUCCCCGAUCUCACAUCCAUAUCGGCGGAACCCUCUCUCUGGCACACCAGCCGGAUUCCCGCUGUGUAUCUCCUCAACCAAUGGCCGAUUCGCUGCACCGCCAUCUCGGCGGAUGGCCGUUAUGUAGCUGUGGCUGGACGACGGGGGUUGGCGCACUACAGCGUGAAUAGUAACCGCUGGAAGACGUUUGCCAACGAAAACCUAGAGAGCGAGUUUCAGAUCAAGGGCGGCAUGUGCUGGUACCAAAACAUCCUGGUGGCCGCCGUGGAGGCCAACAGGUCUUUUGAACUGCGUUUGUACUCCCGUGAGUCGGCGCUCGAUGGCACCGUGGCCUACACGCAACAAAUGGCAACUCCAGUGGUGCUCGUCACCUCCACGGGCGAGGACUCGCUGCUCGUCUACACUUAUGACAACCUACUUUACCAUUACAUAUUUGCGCCCGGGCCGGGUUCCAUCAGACUGAUUGAGGUCGGCCACAUCGCCUUCCAUGGCAUCGUCCGGUCCCCUGCCCGCGUCAGGGGCCUCAGCUGGAUUUUGCCGGACCACCAGCUUCAAGAAGGCGAUCCCACGCAGGACGUAGCCCAUGCCUCUGUCCUGUUUCUGGUGGAUGGCAAACUGGUCCUCUUGCGACCCUCGGUCAGCGACGAUGGUGGUCUCAAGUACGAUAUGCGCGUCAUUGCUCAUAACGUUGAAUACUAUCUCAGCAUGCGGGAUCGUCCGCACACCCUCGAUCUGGCGCCGCAGCCACCGCCCCUAGCCCUCCAGGCGGUCAAUGGCGUGAAAGGAGGCGGCCUUGAGGACUCGCUAUGGUUAUUUGACGGAAACGAACUCAAGGCUUGGCCGGACACGGACCCCGUCAUGAAGGCGAUCUCGGGGGAACUGUCAAGGGAACUACCCGCCAUGGUCCCAGUUCCUGUUGACUUUUAUCCGCUCUCUGUUUUACUUCCAAAGGCCGUCGUGCUUGGCGUCGAGCCGGAUCUGAUACAACGCCGAGAUAUCAGCUUCUCUUUCUUCCGCUUCUCUAUUAGGACACACCUCUUCUUUCCUGAUAUCUUGCGGUUUUAUCUCUCGCUGAACAGGUCCGCCGAAGCACUUCGACUCGCGCAACAAUACGAACACCUAGAAUAUUUUGCCCACGGUCUCGAGAUUCUACUCCACCACGUGCUCGACGAGGAAGUCGAUGCCAACCCGACCCCAGCCCCCGAACAUGCCAUUUUACCGCGCGUGCUCUCGCUCCUGUCCUCUUUCCGGCAAUACCUCGAUAUCGUGGUACAAUGCACGCGCAAGACCGAGGUGCGCUCCUGGCGCACCCUCUUCGCCUACCUCCCACCCCCGCAGGAGCUUUUCGAGGAGAGUUUACAACGGGGGAGCCUGAAGACGGCGGGCGGGUAUCUUUUGAUUCUCCACACAUUUGACGAGCUGGCGACAGCUAGCGAGCAGAGCGUGCGGCUGCUGAGCCGGGCCAUGCGUGAGGAGGAUUGGGACUUGUGCAAGGAGCUGGCGCGGUUUUUGGCCGCCUUAGACGAGACGGGUGAUACCUUACGCGAAGCGAUGGAAAUGGUCAAAGCCCGGAUGCAAGGCGAUGGUUAUGGGGGCGAGGUGGGUGAUGAUGUGCCUGGGCCUUCGAGGAAUGGGUUUAUGUCGAGGCUAGAAAUUCCUGGAGGUGGGAUUUAUCCUCCUUCUCUAGGUAGUGCGGAUUCGGAGACGGAAGGGCGGUCGGCUAGUGAUGCGGGCUCUUUUAUCAGCAGCGCCUAA